CGUCAGCGGCAGCCCUCCGGCGAUUGGGGCGCGCUCACCCCCCUCGGUUGGGGGCGAAUUAUAAAGUGGCAGCGGCCGCCGCCAGCCCGGGCACAGCGAGGGGAGGCGAGGCCGGAGCUCCGAGACCUGCAGUCCAGCCCGCGGCCCCGAGGCGACCCCGACCACCACCGAGACGUGUCCUGGCUGGGACUCCGCUUCUCUCUCCGACCCGGCUGCGCCAUCUGAACAGCAUCCACCCCAUGGCGCGGUUCCUGACACUCUGCACCUGGCUGCUGGCGCUCAGCCCCGGGCUCCUGGCCACCGUGCGGGCGGAAUGCAGCCAGGACUGUGCCACGUGCAGCUACCUCCUGGCGCGCCCCGCCGACAUCGACCCGCUGGCUUGCACCCUAGAAUGUGAGGGCAAGCUGCCCUCCCUCAACACCUGGGACGCCUGCAAGGAGCUGCUGCAGCUGUCCACGCUGGAGCUCCCUCCAGAGGGCACCAGCGCCCUCAGAGAGAGCAGCCGGCCCGCCGAGAGCCACUUGCUAGCCAAGAAGUACGGAGGCUUCAUGAAAAGGUAUGGGGGCUUCAUGAAAAAAGCCGACGAGCUUUCUCCUCCGGAGCCAGAAGAGGAGGCCAACGGAGGUGAGACCCCGGCCAAGAGAUACGGAGGCUUCAUGAAGAAGGAUGCAGGCGAGGAUGAGGCCCUGGGCAAUGCCUUGGACCCCCUGAAGGAGCUGCUGGGCACCGGGGACCACCGCGAGAGCAGCCCCCACCAAGAGGCCGGUGAUGAAGAAGUGAGCAAGAGGUACGGGGGCUUCAUGAGAGGCUUGAAGAGAAGCCCCCAGCUGGAAGAGGAAGCCAAGGAGCUGCAGAAGCGAUACGGGGGCUUCAUGAGAAGAGUGGGCCGCCCCGAGUGGUGGAUGGACUACCAGAAGAGGUACGGGGGCUUCCUGAAGCGCUUCGCCGACUCUCUGCCCCCAAACGAAGAAGGGGAGAGUUACUCCAAAGAAGCUCCUGACAUGGAGAAACGAUAUGGAGGGUUUAUGAGGUUUUAAUUACCCUUUCCCAUCUGCGACCCCAGGCCCCAAGCAAGCAAGCCUUCCUCUAUCCCCCAGUGACACUGCCUUGCUAAUCGUGUUCUAUUGCCAUGUGUUGCUUGCGUUGUAUGGCUGACUUGGUUGUCUGAAUAACUGCACGACCUGAAAGCUCUCUUCAGGUGCUGUGAUCGUUUGAGAGUCUGUAAGCUCAGUACUGGUGUGUUGCAGCUGUCUUGUUUUCGUGCCAAGAGAGUCUUUUGUCACCUUGUCCGUUAUUUUUGACAAAGCACCAAUAAAUGCUUACUUGUUUGUGGAUAUAAUAAACCCGUUACCCUGAAUGCA